AUGGGUCAAGCACCUACUGUCACGACGUCUUCGCGCCCGACUCUUAGUGAUGGGGCCAGCAGCAAUCAAAGUCAGCAACCAGAAGUGGUGGCUUGGAAACCGAGCUAUGUAAGGAAAGUACCUCUUCUCGGUCUCGCCUGUCUCGCAGGCGUUGUCCUCUGCUCCGCAGCAGCCGUCGCAGUUCUGGUUGCGUCCAAUCACAUGUCAUCAACCAAAUGGCAUCAGAAUAUUGCACCUAAUGUCUGCUUGUCCCUGAUCAACUCUGUGAGCAACAUCCUCUUGGCUCUCGCCAUUAGCUACGGUGUGGCCAUCGCUUGGUGGAGAAAGGCAAUGCACGGCGCGACCGUUGCCGAGUUGCAUGAAUCAUGGAAGGCCACGAGCAGUUUCCGUGGAGUUAUUGGUAUCGUCGGAAGCUUCAACGCUGUGGCGCUGGCAGCGCUAGCAGCAAAGGUAGCCAUUGCCGACGGCGUCCUCUUCCAGCGUGCCACCUGCACCUACGUCCACCACGACCCACCUACUGCUAUCAGUAGCAUGGGCAUCGCUUCAACGGAAUGGCCCUCAACUGGCUACGUCGUGUCCAAUGCAUCAUACGGCGGCCAAGCAUCAUGUGGCUGCUUCAUGAUUGGCGAUCAGUACUCGCCCGUGGUAAACACCUGGGAGACAUCCAACGGGUUCUUCCGUGGAUACAAUGACUGGUUUCGCAGUGAAGGCAACCCAACUCAGCACUGCGACGGCACCUGCUGGACACACAUCGAAGCCAUUGGCUUUGAAAUCGACUGCGAAGAAGACGUUCUGCAUCGCGACAUUGCCGCAGCCCCAAUCGCGGCCUGGGAAGCUGUGCACAAUGGAACGAACAAUAGUGCCAACCUCAACGCCUCAGCCUGGACCGACGUGCAAAUCUUCAACAGUUCCUUCAGUCUGACCUACAACGACCCGACCACAAACUACACGUACUUAAAUCUCGACCUGUUGCGCUUCGUCUCCGAUAACCCCUACAACCCUUCAUCACGUACCUGCGCCGGCAACGUCUACACCACAUCGUGCAAGCUGCGCCCCGCACUGAUCACCUACCCCGUCGAAGUAAUGAACUACUCCAACCCGCACAUCAUCAACGGCGUAUCGCUGAACACCCAACCAGCCGACUUCAUGGACCCAUGGCAAGUAGCAAACGACGCAUCAGACGCAGACGCACAGUUCAAAAUCACCGGCAUUCCGCCCCAGCCAUACAGCCGCACAACCAAGCAAGCGCAAGGCGUGACAGUAAACCGCUAUCUCGAUGUGCACGACACGCACUCGGUCGGCAGCACCAGCGCCUUGGGCGGCCUCGCCAGCGCCAUCAACCACUUCCUCAGCUCGACCGCGACCAUCACGUACCACGGCGAGGCGGGCGCCGACAGCGUCUGGAGCCUCAAACAGGUCGGCACGCUGAGCCAGCGCAUGAUGUUCGGCCCGCCCAACAUGGGCAGCUGCGACUGCAGCUUCUUGCCACAGGCGCUCGACACCAUCGUCGAGAGCGUCAACCAGCUCACGUUUCUGACCGCCAUCGGCAUGAUUCAGCAAGACGACUUUGAGGGCCAGACCGUCAGCCCGGGGUUUGCGGCCAGUACAUGGGAGGUGGAGCGCAAUGCGACGGUGGCGUUCCGCGAGCUGAGCCCGGCGGUGCAGAUCAGCGAUGUGGUCUACUACAUGACCAACUUCGAGUACAUGGUGGCCGGCGUGAUCACGACGCUCGUGGCCGUCAUGCUCGUGAUCCCCUCGUACUGGCGGUACGGGCAGCUGGGGCGCGACGUCACGCUGGGUCCCAUCGAGGUGGCGAGCGCGUUUCAGGCGCCGUUGCUGACGCGGGGAAGACGGUAUCGCAAGAAAGAUACGGGUGACGUGGAGGAUCUCAUCAAGGAGGUCGGCGAUCGGAAGGUCAUGUACGGCUUUGUGGAUGAGCAUGUGCCGAGUGCGGAUGGGGGUGGUGCGGUGGUAGGCGAUAGCGAUAGUGAUGGCGGCGCCGGCACAGGCACAGGGGGGACGGCGCCGAGACCCGCGGCCGUGCAGCGUACCAGUGUCUACAUGGGACCGCCGGAGAGGGUCAGGCCUGCGAGUGGCGUGUACUCGCCGCCGACGAGUCCGGGUGUGGGGAGUCCGAGGGUGGUGAGCACGAGGGCGAUUGUGGAGGGGGAUGAGAAGGUGUGA